AUGCCAGGGAUCCCUGGCACCAGGACCGCGUUUCCCGUGCUUCGUCGGGGUCGCAAGCGGACAUGGCUCCGAUCACAAGAUGGCGAGGAUGCGGUCAAUUCAACGACAACGUCACGAGCUCGGCACAGCUCAGACAAGUCAAUGCACAUCAGUCCCGUCGAAGUCCAGGCAGAAGCAGCAAAGUGCAGUAGCUCACCAGACAGGCCUUCAGCGUCAAUCACCACCACGAGCAAUGCCGCAAGCCCCGCCACUGCCGAUACCACGGGCACGGAGGUCCCAGCGCAGAACCAAGAGCGACGACGGCGCCGCCUGUCACGACGUCCUCCUGCCCUGAAUCCACUCCGCAUUCGCAAGGGUGCCGUUACCCCACAAGCACCUCCGCCGGCGCCCUCUCCGCCGCUAGAAGAGUGCUCCAUCUGUCAAGAUCCGGUCGGUGUCGCCAACCCAGAAGGCGUGACUGAGACGUGGGCUGAGCUGCAAUGCGGGCAUCGCUUCGGGCGCACAUGCAUCAUCACCUGGAUCAUCGAUAGCCUCAACCGGGAUUGUUAUACGAAUCCCAGCUGCCCCGUAUGCCGGAGGGACAUCAUCCACCCGUGCGGCCAUCUGAUCGUGGUGCCGCUUACACGAGUCAGUGCGGCGGUCGGCGACCGCCACAGCAAUCACGAGAACAAUGGAGGGCGCAGCGAGACAGAAGAGGAUGAUACUGGCGGUGAAGGGUUCGACACAGAUGCGGACGACAACGACGAGACUAGCGCCAACGUCCAGAGGCAUCGUCGCCGAUUCUCCAUGAUCUCCAGGGUCUCUCUCCAGUCAAGAGUCGCGGCAGUCAUGAGCACGAGCUUUUUGCGCCUUGUCAGCGCCACGAUUGUCCGAGCAGUCAAAUUGAGUCGAAGGAUGUCACUGCGUGUGCGCAUGUCUCGCCAGUCUCUGUGCGCCGACGAGUCUUCGGACGCUAUCCAGGUAAUGCCGCCUGCGGGCCACUGCACCAUCUGCAGGGAGACACGGGGCGAUGAGCCCGAUGACAGCGACGGGUCGCAAGAAGAAUAG